UUUGUAUUCUCCGAGCCAGAGCAAUGAGUAGCCAAUCGACGCCCCAGCGCCGACCCGCGUUUGCCGGCGAGCUCCGGACCGAUUUUCGGCGUCACGUCAACGCGACCGCGUCACCUCGGAGCCGGGGCACAGGGCCGUCCCCGUCGUCGUCGGUCCAUUCGCGCCAUCCGUCGACGGCCGACUCGCACUCGAGCGGGCACCAAACCACGGAGGCACCAUACCGCCCGCUCGGUCUGCCCGACACGGAUGUUGCAAUGCUCUCGGACGAGCGCGAGUCCGAGACCAAGCCGCUCGAGCUCCACGACGACUACUACACACACCUUUGGACCACCGACGGGUCGCGUCUCAAGCGCCUCUACUUUGGCAUCACGGGUCUUCUCCUGGCAAUUUUACUCGGUGUCGUGCUCGCCUUCGUCGUUGACCAAGCCGUGCACGUGGCGACAAUCUCGGUGGACGAUGUUGACGAGAUGGCGCCCCAUGACGUUUUCAAGCAGCUGCAGGCCGUUGUCGACCACUUGGCGACGAAGAAGAUGUGGUACGACUGGAUCAAGCUGCCCGGGGACCUCCUCAUUCGCGCGCUCUCGUGCCUUGUGGUGCCGCUCGUCUUUGUGAACGUGACUGUCGGGAUCGCAGACCUUGUCGCCUUGCACAAGGCGACGCUGGUCGGCUGGCGCAUGGUGUGGCUCUUCCUCAUUACGUCAAUUUUGUCGGCGAUUCUCGGUGUCUCAUUGGCAUCCAUCGUGCCCGGCAGUGUCUUCCGCGUCGAGUCGACCGCCUUUGUCGGUGGCGCCAACGGCCGGAACGGCACUGCGAUCCCGGCGCGGCUCGCGUGCAACAACGACCCGAGCGUGAACGCGACCAACUACCUCGGGGUCGACAGUGACGGAACCAUGGCGUGCCUUCCGCGCGAGAGUUAUCUCAAGCUUGUCGACGUCAACAGCGUCUAUCAGCGGGCGUCGACGUCGCCGCACGGCGUGCACAAAUCGGCGAGCCAAGUGGUAUUUGACCUCGCCGACGAGCUCAUUACCGACAACCUUGUCGGCGCGUUCGUACAAGAAAGCGCGCUCCUCAGCGUCGUGGUCCUCUCAAUCCCAAUCGGUGUCGCCCUUGCGUCGCGCCGGCAAGGGACCAACCCGAUUUUGGAUUUCUUCCGGCAGCUCAACGCCAUCUUUCUGAUUCUUGUCGGCUGGGUCAUCAACUUUGUGCCGGUCGCGAUCAUUUUUCUCGUCGCGUCGUCCUUCAUCCUCCCUGACGACCCGACGUUCCCGACCAAGCUCCCGUCGAUCCCUGCGGCGGCGUGGGGUGAUACGACGAUUGCGCUCGAUGCGAAUACGCUCGCGACCCUUCGAAGUCUCCUCAAGAUGGCCAUUGUGCGUCAAAAUUCCUUCUUUGACAACUUUGGCGCCGCCGCCCGUGCGAUCGGAACGCUCGUCGCCGUCUUUGCAACAGGCACGGCCGUGCACUGCUACGCCUUCUUGCCGCUCCUUACGUUCCUCUCGACACGCCGCAACCCGAUCCCGUACAUUUUGCAGCUCAAGAAGCCGCUCAACUUUGGGUUUGGCUCGAGCUGCUCCCUCGCCGCCCUCCCGAUGCUCAUCCAAGCGAUUGACAGGACGCGAAAUGUGUCCCAGCAACUCACGCGCUUCGUCGUGCCCGUCGCCACCGGUAUUCACAUGGACGGCGCGGCGUUCUACCUCGCGGCGGGCUCGGUCUUUCUCGUGCAGUCGCAGCCGACGCUGGUCGACUUGACACUCGGAAAGGCCGUCAUGAUCACGCUCACAUCCAUUAUUACUUCUUGGAGUGUCUCGCCCGUGCCGCACGCCGGUCUUCUCGGUCUCAUGGCGGUCUGGAAUGCUGUCGUGAGCGAUGUACCGCCCGCCAACUUUGUGUGGAUCGUCGCCAUGGACGUGCUUUUAGACCGGUUUGCGACGUACAUGAACAUUCUUUCGAACGCGGUCGUCACGCGCAUCAUUGCCGAGCAGAUUGACGAGACGUACGUCGACGAGCAAGACCGUCUCGGGCACACGAAUGCCGACGACGACAGCACGCCGGUCCUCGUACAUCGACCAUAACCAAAGUCGCCGUGUGUUGAUUAACUGUGUGAAUAACUUAUUGGUUGACGAA